AUGGAUAAUACUUACUAUAAGCGCAAUACUUUCUAUAACCGCCUUAUUCAGCAGAAGCUAGACAAGUCCCCAAGAAGGGCUCCUCCUAGUCCUCCGAGGGAGCAAGCCCAUCCUCAACUUAGACAUCCUACUACUAAGCAAAUCGAGAACUACAAGAAGGCGGGGGUUCUGGGUGAUGUUGUUGGCACUACAAAGCGCCUUGAGAUUCGUUGA